AUCUUCGCCCACUGUGCCUAGGUAUUAAUAUUAUUAUUCUCCUUUGAGCGUGUGUGCAUCAUUUUUUCUUCGCUAUAGCUAAAUUCCAUUUUAUGUGCGCCCGUUUAUAUAAUUUAAAAAUAUCCCACAGCCAGAGCAAAUAUUUUUAGGCGCUUACGUAAGCGUGUUCAGCGUCCAGCGUUUUGUAUUUUCUAUCUGCCGCGAAGCGUUUUUAUUUUUACCAGGCCGUCCACGAGCGAGUGUGUAAGUAAUUCAAUAUAGGCGGGCAGUCGUUUUCAAAUGUUGUAACUAAGCGCGGCUAAUCGAUAGACGACGAUCAGUGGUGAGCAGCUCUGGGCCAGGGUUGCCAGAUGGCCAGGCCAGGCUUGAUCAGCUGUUGUUCGGGGCGAAUGGCCAAUGGUUUUGCGCGCUUUUUUGACUGUGACUGGCCAGCUGAAGAAUUCUAACGCACGCCUUGGCUUUAUUAACUAGUAUUACUAACCAACUGCUGACUGAUAAACUAAAAACCGCUUGAAUGGCCGCCGUACGUCGCUCCACGCGCCUGAGCAGCAUCAGCAAGGCGGCCGCCGCCUCGCCUCUGCCGCAGUCGACGCAGACGCCGCGUCGCUCGGAAGUUUGGAAACGCAGGCAGCCGCAAAAAGUGAUCGUCGACAGCGACGAGGAGGAGGCGGUGACCUGUGACCUGACCAGCCCCGUUUCAGAGAACAACGAGAACCGCAACCUGCUGAACAAGAUGGACAAGAUCUCCCGGCGCAGGACCUCGCAGGUGCAGGUGGCUGCGGCCCAUCAGCUGGAGCACCCAAAGACGCCACGCAGCACAAAGAAAACAGCCCCAUCAGCUGCUGUUUCGCGGGCCAAACGCGAGCAGGCCAACCGCGAGGCCACCAUCGAAUUCUUGGAUAGCGAUGAGGAGGAGCCGGAGGCCGAUCCGCUCCAUGGCUCGCCGCCCAAGCAGCGGAAGCUGCAGCCACUGCCACAGCACCUGAUCAGUCCUUCGCGGCUGCUGGACAGGCUUAGUAUUGACGAACGCCAGGAGGAGGAGGCGGAGAACAAGACUGACAGGGAGCAGGAGGUGCUCCACCAGAAGCCCCGAAACGAGGAGCAACAGAAGCCACGUGCAAAGCCUAAAGCCACCCCGCAGGAGGAUCCUCUUGCUCUGCCGCAGGCGAAACCUCCCACCAAGCUGGUAAACAAACCCCAACCGAAGCUGGAGAAAUCCCAGCUCAAGAAGCAGCCAAAAUCCCCCACCAAAGAGGAAAGCCAACAGGAUAACCUGCCCUCGCCCUCCCGCAACAAGUACCAAAACGCAAGACGAGUGCUAAACAGUGCCGAGACCCAAAACCUGCCAGGGCGAGAGGCGCAACUUCAGGAACUCCGAGAAUUCUUCAGCAGCCAUUUGGAAAGCCAGACCUCCGGCAGCCUAUAUGUCUCCGGACAGCCGGGCACAGGGAAGACCGCCUGCCUGUCGCUGCUACUGAGAGAUCCGGAGUUCUCUAAGCGUCUGCAGCGCGUCUACAUCAACUGCACCAGCAUUGCCAGCGUGGGAGCCGUUUACAAGAAGCUCUGCGCCGAGCUCCAGCUGAAAGUCAGCGGACGCACCGAAAGAGACCACUUGGAGGCCAUACAGCGUCAUUUGAGGACGGCUAAGCGAAUGCUUCUGCUGGUGCUGGACGAGAUCGAUCAGCUGUGCACCAGCAGGCAGGAGGUGCUGUACACGAUCUUUGAGUGGCCUGCCCUGCCCAGCUCCAGGAUACUGCUAGUGGGCAUUGCCAAUAGCUUGGAUCUCACAGACCGAGCCCUGAUGCGACUGAAUGCCCGGUGCGAGCUGAAGCCCCGGCUGAUGCACUUUCCGCCCUACUCCAAGCAGCAGAUCGUGGAGAUCUUCAAGUCGCGCCUGGCCGAGGCGGAGGUGCUGGACGUCUUCCCGCCCGUCACGCUGCAGCUGCUGGCGGCCAAGGUGAGCGCCAUUAGCGGGGAUGUGCGAAGGGCCCUGGACAUUGGAAGACGUGUGGUCGAGAUUGCAGAGCAGCAGAAACGCGACGGCGAAAAGGAGUUCAACAUGAAGGCUCUGCAGCUGGAGGGCAAGGAGGCAGUGGAGGCCAAAGAGAAACAAGACACUCUGAAGCCCGUUCAGGUCACCCAAGUGGCUGCUGUGCUGAACAAAGUCUAUGGGGCCUCGCAGAAUCUGGAGGAGGACAUCGAGGCCUCCUUCCCGCUGCAGCAGAAGCUGAUGCUGUGCACCCUGGUGCUGAUGCUGCGCAACGAGCGCAACAAGGACAUCAGCAUGGGUCGCCUGCACGAGGUGUACAGGCGGGUGUGCGCCAAACGCAACAUCCUGGCCCUGGACCAGGCGGAGUUCACGGGCACCGUGGAUCUGGUGGAGACGCGGGGCAUCCUGCGCAUCAUGCGCAAGAAGGAGCCGCGCCUGCACAAGGUGCUGCUGCAGUGGGACGAGGAGGAGGUGCAUGCGGCCCUGAGCGACAAGCAGCUGAUCGCCUCGAUCCUCAGCGACACCAGCUGCCUGAGCAAGUGACGAUCUGGACGAUUACCUCUAGGAAAUUGGUGGGCCAGACAAGCCGCUGGUUAAUUGCGCAUUUCUCUCAUUUUCAUUCACCUUGGGGACGAACAUUGUAUAUGUAUAGGAAUACUUCUUGACGCUAAUUUUAAAAUUCGUGGCUGGCGCAAGCAGUGAAACAUUUUGAAAUAUCAUUUGAGGGUCACUUUCGACAUAUUGCCUCUUUCUGACUAUUAAUUGAAUCGAGUCUUUGGGAUUUUAUGUUUGCCAUAAAUUUAAGUAAAUGUUGCGCCCAUCAUCUAUUUCUAAUCCGAUCCGUUGACCAAUAAGCUCUAGACAAUUCGUUUCCUGUUAGCCCUAAGCAAAUAAGAAUAAACCAAAUAGUUCUGUAGUACACAAAAGUGAAAACAAUUUCCACUUUCGCUGCGCCACAGGUCUUGCGCUUGGGGCGUGCCAAGUGUUGGCGAAAGUCUGCCAUUGUUUUUCGAGGCGUUCUUCAGAUCGCAAUGGGGCAAAUUAACACCACCGACUAUACGUGUGGGUUUGCUGGCCAUCUCGACAUGAAAUUAAUUUCUUCUAUAAUCAUUUUGUUUAUUUAUUUGCUGGCUUAUUGUUGUUCUUCCUGCGCUCUC